AUGAUGAAAAUUGUCUUUGAGAGUGUAUUUAUCAGUGGAUUGACUGGGUGUGAUUUUUUCCGAGUGCAGUUGGAGAGAGUGGGUUACCAGGGAAUCUUCAAACCCAAACCGGACUCCCCGUGCCUAGAUUGCAUCCACAACAACGGCCCAGACGGAUGCGCCGUCUUCUUCAAACCAGAGAAGUUUACUCUGGCCGGUAGCACGUGUCCCGUCUUAGAGGUAGAAGACCGGGGAAGCAUUUGGCCUACAAAUCAGGUGGCAGUCCUGCUGCGGUUGAAAUGCAAGUCCCCCGCCGAGCAUCAUGGAAAGGAAUUUCUUGUCGGCACCACUCACCUGAAAGCCAAGUCAAGUUGGCAUAAGCUGAGACAUCUUCAAGGCUUGAACCUCCUAGAGAUCCUUGAAAAACAAGCUGGCGGCUGCCCAGUAAUACUCUGCGGAGAUUUCAAUGCCGAGCCGACUGAGGAUGUCUACAAGGCUUUUGAGGCUAGCAAGAUGGCACUGGAUAGUGCCUACAAGUGUCUUAGUGAGGAUGGCAACUCAGAGCCUUCUUACACAACCUGGAAAAUCCGUCCAGCUGGAGAGGUGUGCCACACCAUAGACUAUGUGUGGUUCUCCCGAAACCAGUUACAACCUGUCAAGGUUUUACAAUUGCCAUCGGAGGAGGACGUCGGAAAGGACAGACUACCAUCUUACCAAUACCCGUCGGAUCACUUGUCGCUUGUCGCAGAUUUUGCAUUCAAGUCUUGAGGUUUGAUCACUCCCCUCGCACCAUUUUGAGCAUGUUUCCAAUUCUCAGAGUGUGAAUUAUGCAGUGGCAGACUUCUACUCUUGUCUCUCCCCAUUUUAAAGGAAUGAUCCUAUUGUAAAAUUCCAGUUGUUUUGUGCUAGAGCAGUUGAGAGCGCUGUUGUUGCUAUUUAUACAUUUUUGGUUUACUAUUUAUUUAUGUCUAUAUUUUACCAAAUAGAACAUUCAAAAGUGAUAGCUGUUGAGACACAAUGAUGAAACUUGUCUUUGAGAGGUAUGAAACUCAGCGGUUUUAUUGAGAAAUGACACAUUUUUGUGGACAGCCACUUUACACACAUGGUUUGAGAGCUUUUUGCAAGGAGUUGGCCCUCAUUUGCAUCUUCAAAUAUCAGAUAGUUGGCUUUCUCAAAAAAUAAAUUGAUAAAUACAUGAUUUUCCUAAAAAAAUUACCUCAAUGUCAAGUCAAAUAUUUGAUCAAAUCCAAGUUCCAAUAAUCAAAUACUAAAUUUACUAUUCGAAAACGCACAGCACUGAUGUGCAAUUUGCAUUGCCUGCGGCUGAGAGUCUUGUGUUUUAUUGAUGAGACCAAGGUGACUUUUGUGUGCUCAA